GGCCGAUUGAUAAGUCUCAACCGGACCGGACCGAGAACGGGCGCCCGGUCAGGGCAUCUCUGGUUGCAUAUGCAGACGAAUCGAGUUAAGAGUCUCUUUUCCGACUAGUAAUCUAGAUGUACAAAAUGAUACUAAAUAUGGUUUUUUCUGUCAUAUUUUCUACUUAUAAAAACGAAGAAGUCGCUUUUUCGAAGAGCCCACUCUGAGCUGUCUCCUAAUAGUAAAAAAUCGACAGAUGUAUACUUCAACUUUUAGGCUGGACCGGUUUACAACGAUCUUCGAGAAAACCUACUUUAAAGCAGUAGGUUCGAAUUGGACAAUAGCUACGUAAUCGAUGAGCACGAAGAGUUUGGGAAAAAGUUCAUAUUCAGCCUGAUAUAUAAGUGUACGCAGAUAAAUUUUUACAGUUAUAUGAACAACUGAACAAAACCUUGGAAAACUCAAACACUUUUUUCUGUUCACUCUAAUGAAAUAUUGUAUAUGACAACACAAUAAAUGAAAGGAAAUAGAGAAGGAAUUCUUUUGAAUUAUUAUAUUAUAUAUAAAUAAUAAUGUCUCCAUUUUUAGAUACUUUUCUUUUUCAGAUCUUUAUUAAUAUGUGAAAUUUAAUAAAAGUCUUCAACACGCUGUUGAAGAAGAAUNGCAAAAUAAAUAUUUUCCCCUUUUAGACGACGACGAGAUGUUUUCCAUUCCCGGAAAACAACAUCUCGUUGUCGUCUAAAAGGGGAAAAUAUUUAUUUUGCCGGAAUAAUAAAAGAGAACAUGUACUAUUUGGUUUAAACACAGUCGGUGUUGUUUGCUUUCCUGUUGAAUAAAAAGAUCUGUUUUUUUAGUAAAGUCAAAGCGUUUUCGAAAGAAGUUGGUUUAGAAAAAAGAUUGCGACAACUACUUGUGUUUGUUCGUACAAGGUUUACUUUCUUUUAUUAAAUUUCACAUAUUAAUAAAGAUCUGAAAAAGAAAAGUAUCUAAAAAUGGAGACAUUAUUAUUUAUAUAUAAUAUAAUAAUUCAAAAAAAUUCCUUCUCUAUUUCCUUUCAUUUAUUGUGUUGUCAUAUACAAUAUUUCAUUAGAGUGAUUGAUCCAUUCAACUAUGGCUAGUUGCAUACAAAGAUGCAACCGGUCAAAAAAAUCAUGACCGUUACCGGCCGGUCACCGAUGACCGGUGACCAUGUGGCGCCAGGACUGACCGGUUGACCGACCAUUUUUCUAAAAAUUUUGACCGGUAAACGACCGGUAGUCGCAUUUCUCAAGAACUCUUUCGGAAUAGUAAUUGCUAUAAGAACAGUGAGCCUUUGGCGUUUCUUCUCAUUUGGAAUAAAGAAUUUGCCCCCCACCCUCACCGUAUCACAGACAGUUACACAACAGACAUUAGUCAAUACAUUCACGCAUUAUGUACAGACCAGAAAUAUAUGAAUAUUUCAAACAGAGAAUAAUGAAUGCAAUUAUUAUCUUGUUUGAGCAGUACAAAAUGAUACUCAAUAUGGUUUUUCUGUCAUAUUUUCUACUUAUAACCCAAGCAGACUGGGCCCGGUUCAGCAGUUUGACCGAAACCGGUCGAACCGGCCGAUUGAUAAGUCUCAACCGGACCGGACCGAGAACGGGCGCCCGGUCAGGGCAUCUCUGGUUGCAUAUGCAGACGAAUCGAGUUAAGAGUCUCUUUUCCGACUAGUAAUCUAGAUGACAACUAGUCGUACAUUGCCCUUGCUGAUGAAAUAUAUCUAGAUUUUUUCCAUAGAGGAUGACUGCUUGGGCAAUUCUACAUCGACAGCAACAAACUCAACAACAUCGACAUCCAUACACUAUGCAAAUACAUCAACAACAAGCAAAACGCCGACAACAUCAAGUUCAACACGGACAUCCACAAGCCAAAUGUCGACAUCAACUAGCACAACAUCCACGUCAACAAGCACAACAACGUCAUCAACAAUAAGCACAACAACGACAUCAACAACCACACCAACAAACACAACAUCGUCAUCGACCAAUUCAACAACAACACGGACAAGCACAGCAACGUCAUCAACAAUAAGCACAACAACGACGUCAACAAGCACAACACCGACAUCAACGAGCACAACAUCGACAUCAACAAGCACAACAACGACACCAACAAACACAACGACUAAUUCAGCAACAACACGCACAACGACAACAACCACAUCAACCAGCACAACAUCCACAUCAGCAAACACAACACCGGCAUCAUCAAGCACAACACCGGCAUCAACAAGCACAACAACGCCAUCAACAAGCACAACAACGACACCAACAAACACAACAUCGUCAUCGACUAAUUCAGCAACAACACGCACAACGACAACAACCACAUCAACAACCACAACAAGGACAUCAACCAGCACAACAUCCACAUCAGCAAGCACAACACCCGCAUCAUCAAGCACAACAACACCAUCAACAAGCACAACCGCGACACCAACAAACACAACAUCGUCAUUGACCAAUUCAACAACAACACGGACAACAACGUCAUCAACAAUAAGCACAACAACGACAUCAGCAAGCACAACAACGACACCAACAAACACAACAUCGUCAACGACCAAUUCAACAACAACACGGACAAGCACAACAGCGACAUCAACGAGCACAACAUCGACAUCAACAAGCCCAACAUCGACAUAA